GGGGUUUAUAACGACAUCAGAGAGAGAGGUUGAUGGCGUGUGCUAUUCUUCGUCUCGGUCUUAUCCCCUUAAACAAGGCGAGUUAAGGUCGGUAAUGAAGUGAGGGAGCUCAUCGAAGUGAGGUGAGGUGAGGAGGUGGUGAGGGGGGUGGAGGUGAUGGAUUUUGACGAGCAUGAGGAGACGGAGGAGGAGAUGGGGUUGCCGGUGGGCUCCAGCUACGACGCACCCAGCCCGAAUUCGCCUCCUCGAGGGGGAGGAGAGGGAGGAGGGGGAGGGGGAGGGGGAGGAGGAGGGGAGCGGGGGAACGGGAGUAGCGGCCGGAAGGCGGGAGGCGGCGGGGGGAGGUACAGGGAGUGUCUGAAGAACCACGCGUUGGGGAUCGGCGGGCACGCGGUGGACGGGUGCGGCGAGUUUCUGGCGGCGGGGGAGGAGGGCACGCUGGACGCACUCCGCUGCGCCGCCUGCAACUGCCACCGUAACUUCCACCGCCGCGAAACAGGGAGCGGAGGAGGAGGAGCAGGAGGAGGAGGAGCGGUUGGAUACUACCACCACCAGUUCUCGCCGUUCUACCGCACGGCGGCGCCGGGGUAUCUCCACCACCAACAGCCGCUGGCAGUGCAGGCGCCUCCGCAGGCGAUGGCGGCGGCGCCCCCGCAGAGGCACCACCUGGCGCUGCUGGCGUCGACGUCGCGCGGGGACCGGGAGGCGGAGCAUGGGAUGGAGGACCCGUACGCGGCGGCGAUGAUGGGAAUGGGGCCGUCUUCAGCGGGAAGCCACGGCGGCGGCCGGAAGCGGUUCCGCACCAAGUUCACGCAGGAGCAGAAGGACAAGAUGCUCGCUUUCGCGGAGCGCGUCGGGUGGCGCAUCCAGAAGCAGGACGAGGCCGCCGUCCAGCAGCUCUGCGACGAGGUCUCCAUCAAACGCCAUGUCCUCAAGGUCUGGAUGCACAACAACAAGCACACCCUCGUUAUGACAGCACAGUUUAGUCCGACCCGCCCUUUUGCUGGAUUCAGUUGGAAGCAAGCAUGCAUGCAUGUGCUCAUCUCUAUCACUGGGCGAGCUCCAUCUAUUUAAAGGGAAUCAGGAUUAAUUACUCAGAAUAAUAGAUAUGCGCGCGCGCAUGUGCAAGUUUCUUAUUUGUGUGUGAGAACCCUUCUGUUUAUUGAAAAUCUUAAUUACA